GUGUGUUUCCAUGGUGAUACAUAUCGAGACGGCACUGCUUCCUGUAGCAGCUUUCCCCCCGCUAGCUUGUGUUUGACUUGUCUGUUUACCCUGCGGUUGUAUUUGUAGAUGCAUUAAGAAAAAAAAUGAACCCAACGAGGAUUGAAAUGUUUGUUUUUUAGCGCAAAUCCUGCGUCAACCCAGCUGUAGCACAUGUGUUGGUUGUUAAACACGCUGUCUAAAUGGGUGCGUAUUACUGCGCCAUAUGCAGGCAGACAACAUUCACCGGGAAAGGACACAUCUUCGGGAAAAAUCACCAAAGCAGACUUCGAGUGGCUCUUCUCAAAUUCUUAGAAAAGGUGAAGGAAGCUCGCCGAACACUAAAAAAACCCCAAGUAGAAAAGUAUGAUUGUACUCAGCACAGACAAACGUUCUGGUGCUACUGCUGUGGGCUUGAAGUGGAAAGAAAUGUUACGGACGGCAACAUGACAGUGCUGUACGGAGGCUUAUUAGAACACAUGGCCACCCCAGAACACAGGAAGAAUACUCACAAAUUCUGGUGGGAAAAUAAGGCUGAUCCCAAGUUUAAAGACAAGGUCAUCAUCCCAGAGGAGGAAACUGAAAGGUUCAAAGCUGAGGUGGCAAAAGCGUUGGAGUCAUUUGUGGAGAAGGAGGAUGAAUUCAUAAAAGAGCAAGCUGAUAACAUUCGGGCCCAAGAGAAGAAUCGCCAAGAGGUCCUUCAGUCUCUUUUAGAGCGUGACGCAGAGCUGGAGUUGUUCAAUGGACCCAACGGCACAGACAUGUCUGCAGAGGAUGCUGUCAGCUCUCAAUUUCCACCUCAAGGAUCAGAACAGCUGACGGGGAGCGGCUUUGUCAACUCAAUGGUCAAGGUUCCACGGGCUGCAGCAGGGCAAGGCCUGACUUUCAUAGGUUAUCAGGAUUCCUCAAACAGUGGAAAUGUUCAUACAGGUGCUGUCCCUCCUUGGCUCCAGGACGAUCCUCUGGAGGGGACCUCCGGAGCUGCAGCACAUCCAGAGAUUGGCCCAUCGCUCCAAGACUUCCUCAAACAGAAGGAGCAAGAAAAGCUGAGGAAGCUUCCACCGAACAGAGUGGGGGCCAACUUUGAUCACAGCUCACAUACGGACGCCAACUGGCUUCCUUCAUUUGGCAGAGUGUGGAAUAGUGGCCGACGCUGGCAGUCCAGGCACCAGUUCAGACAAGAGGAAGGGCAGAAGAACAGACAGAAAAGGAAGAAGGAGCACGGAACAGAGGGGUCAAAAAAAGCAAAAAUGACUGAACAGCCGACAAAUUCUGAUGACACUUAAAUGGUGACACUGAGUAUGGUCUGUGAGGAGAUGUAUAUAGUUUGCAUGAUGUAAAUGAGUUUUUAUAGUUUGUUUCUAAGGAGUUAACAUGCACAGGAUGACUAAACACUCUGGUAACACAUCAACUGGUAAAUUGGAACGUUGUUAUAUGUUGACAUGUUAACAUAACUGGGAGUUUACAGUAAAGAUAUUCACUUAGUAUAUUAAGCAGUGCCUAUUGGAUAUAUUUGUGUUAGGAUGUUACCUGGCACUGUUGUAUUAAAAAACUGCAUGAACCAACUUCACAACACCUCAAAAGAAGACCCUGCUGCCAGUCAGAGAUUGACAGCAAAUUGGUGCACUCAACUGGUCACUUUACUUUUACAGCCCACAUUCUUCCAGUAAGUUCAGGAUUCUGAUCAGCAGGUUACUGGUGAGACUGCAGCACUUUGAGAUAUGCAGAGAACAUUCAUUUUCAUAGUGAGUAAACAGCAGGUGGCGCCAGACAUUCAACUAACAAAGGCAUCUAUGGUGUGAUAUGGGCAGUUAGAUACAAUGUGGGAAUAACCUGUACUGUAUUAUCCAUUUCUAAGGAUGUAUGUCCUUAUUUGUCCUUAUGUGUAAAAAAAAUCACUUAAGUGAUGGAGUAAUAUAUAUUUUUUUGUUUUUUUGUGUUUUUUUAAUUCUCAGUUUCUGACCUUUUAAAAUUUUUGUUUGCAACCUCGAACAGUGAUGCACAUAAUAAGUGCAGUUCUCACUGUUUCUAAGACUUGCACCAAUAAACAUGUCUCUCUUUUUUUGCAGUAAACAUAUACACCAAAU